AUGUCCCAAGUGGACACGCUGCUGCAGCAGCAGCUUUUGCUGCAGCAGCCGCAGCCGCUUGUUUCCGUUGGGGAAGACGGGACAGAGGGAGCAGUAGCAGCAGCACCUGCCGGUGCGCUUGCUGCUGCAGUCGCGCCGCCCUGGCUGCCUCCUGCUGCUGCUGCAGCUGCAGCGGACGGAGACCAAACCACUACGGCAAGCUGUACGCCCACCUCUUGCUGCUCCUGUCCGGGUACUGGCGGCAGCAGCAACGGCGGCAGCAACAGCACCAGCAAGACCCUAGCUGUGGACUCUGCUGCAGCAACAGACCCUUCCAACACGCCUGAAGCAGCAGCAGCAGCUGCUGCUGCUGCUUUUUCUGUUGUGGAUUCGCCGACUCUCCUCCAGCAGGCGGCAGGACAAGACAGUGCUGCUGCUGCCAGCAGCAGCAGCAGCGGCGUGCAGGAAACUGAAGCAGCAAUCGUUGGUGCUGCCACUGCUGUGGAAAUGCCGGCCGCAACGGAUACACAGAGCAGCGAGGCUGCCGCUGCAGUGUCAACAGCAGAAGCUGCAGCAGCAGCAACGGAAGCACAAGCCACAACGGACGCGGCGGCAACGGGAGCCGCAGAGGCGGCAGCAGCAGCAUCCCCUCCUGUUGUUGUGGAGGAGGUAGCAGCAGCAGCAGUAAACAGCGCCCGUAUGACUGCAGCAACAGCUGCAGCAGAAGGGCAAGCCGCAGUCGAUUUUACCUCAGCAGCAGCAGCACCUGCUGCUGGUGAUUUGGGUGCUUCCAAUGCAGCAGCAGCAGCUGCUGCGGAAGCAGCAGCAUCAGCUGUAGGGUCGCUGGGACCGCAGCUGCUCGGCUCGGAUCUGCGUCUUCUGCUGCAGCAAGAGUCCCUGAACCUGCUGCAGGCAACCCAAGCAGCAGCAGCAUCGGCCAAGGAGGCAGCAGCCUCAGCGGACUUGGCAGCAAAACACGCAGGCGUAGCAGCAGAUGCUGUGGCGCAGCUCGCUGCUGCUGUGCGCUACUGCAGGCGUCCAAUUAGCAGCAGCAGCAGCUUCCCCACAGCAGCAGCAGCCGCACCGCAGGCUCCCAAGCGCGGCAACGGCGGAAGGGCGCCAAGGUCAAGAGGAGCAAAACGCGUGCGGGGGCAGCAGCCUGCUGCCUCCAGCAGCAGCAGCAGCGCCGCCGUAGCAGCAGCAGCAGCGGAAAUGUCAGGGACGGCAUCUUCCGCUGCGCCAUCCGCAGCAGCUGCUGCUGCAGCAGAGCAGCAGCAUCAGCAUGAGGGCUGCUGCAGUGACGGCGGGGAGGGAGCCCGCGAUGCGGUGCGAUGUUCGUCUGCGACUGCAUUGUGGCUGGAGGAGAGAGCAGCAGCAACGGCAGCAGCGGCAGCAGCGUUGCUUCAGGAGCAGCAGGGCAGCAACAACGCCCAGUGGAACAGCGAAGCAGCAGCAGCUGCAGCAGCUGCUGCAGCAGGUGAUGCGAAGUUUCUAAGUGAUGUGCCAGGGGUUUCUUUCAGGGCGACUCCUCAUUGUGGCUGGCGCUUUCGCUGGAAAGACACUGAGACAGGGCGAGAGUACUCGCGCUGCUUUUCAGUCAACAAGUUUGGGUUUCUGAGGGCCAAAACUUUGGCUGAGUCGAUUGCUAAGGAGCUCAAGGAGGCGGCAGCUGCAACGGGUGAUGCGGACUUGGCUGCCCAGCUACAGCAGCAACAGCAGCAGUGCGGGGGCCCUCUCUCCUCGGAGGACGAUUUUGCGGCUGCAGCAACAGCAGCAGCAGCAGCGGCGUGCAAGCAGCAACAGCAGCAGCAACAGCAACAACGGCUGCAAAGCGGAGUUAAGGGUGUUGUUUUUGAAUCGACGCGGGGCUGCUGGCGAGGUGUUGUCACAGAUAAGGCUACUGGGAAGCAGGUUGUGCGGCGCUUCAGCGUACGUAAGUAUGGCCACGCAGAUGCCCAAAGAAGGGCCGAAGAAUUUUGCCUGCAGCAGCAGCAGCAGCAGCUCCUGCAGCUGGCAGUGCAGUCGGAGGCAGCAGCGGCUGCAGCUGCAGCAGGUGCGAAUCCUACCAUGUCUUUUAUUGACUACGACCCGAAGCUGCUGCUGCUGCCGGAGAUGGCAGUCCAGCAGCAGAUGCUGCUGCAGCUGAAACGAGAAGCAGAGCUGCAGCAGCAACAGCAGGCCCUCGGUGUAGCAGCAACAGCAGCACCUCCUUCAGAUGUUGCAGCUGCUCCAUCGGGGUCUCCAACACAGCCUUUGCUGCUGGGAGCGCAGCAGCUGCUGCAAGAGAACAGUAGCAGCAGCAGGGAGCCAGCAGAAGACACCAACAGCAGCGAGGCGUUGCUGCGGCAGCAGCAGAGGCUGCUGCUGCAGCAUGAGCUUCUGUUGGCAUCGUGCGCCGGGCAGCAGCAGCAGCAGACGGACGCCGGAGUGAAGGAUACGGCUGCUGCUGCUGCUGCUGCUGCUGUGGGGCAGGACCCGUUGCACUGCUUCUCGCUGCCGCUGCAGGACUCCGGUUUGCUGCUGCAGCAAGCAACAGAUAGUUCGGCACUGCAGCUGCUGCCCCUGAAGGACGGCCAGCAGCAGCAGGAGCUCACUGAGCAGAUUCAGCAGCAGCUGCUGCAGCAGCAAUUGCUGCAGCAGCAGUUACUUCAGCAACAGCUACUGCUGCUGCAACAUGCCGAUGCUCAGCAGGUCCUGAAGACCGAACAGCAGCAACAGGCGCAGCAGCAGCAGCAGCAAGAACUGCAGCAAGGUCUGCAGCAGCAACAAGAGCCACAGCCACUUCAGGAGCAGCAGCAGCAGCAGCUGCUGCUGCAGCAUCAGCCACAGCAGGAACAAGGAGAGCCGUGCCUGGCACCGGCCACGACGCAGCAGCAGCAAGAUGCUGCAGCAGCGGAAGCGACCGCAGAAUAG